GUUGACGAUUUGUAGGGGACCGUACUGCGGGCUCCGUUUUUACGGAGAAUUUUGCGAAAAUUACUGAAUUUAUUGUACAAUUUCAUUCAGAAUAUUUUAAACCGGAAACAGCAACAUCAUGGGACGACGCUCGAUCAACACCACCAAGAGUGGUAAGUAUAUGAACCCGACGGAUCAGGCCCGGAAGGAAGCUCGCAAGAAGGAGCUGAAGAAAAACAAAAAACAACGGCAGAUGGUCCGGGCGGCCGUCCUCAAGGGUAAAGAUCCGGCUCAGAUAAUCGAAGAAAUGGAGAAGAUCGACGAGAUGGAAUACAACGUCUAUCAGCCUUCUCCGCUGAACGAAAAGGUUCUUAAAGAAAAAAGGAAGAAACUUAAGGAAACGCUGGAUCGUGUCAUGCGAAUGUACCAGGCCGAUGAUCCGGAUUUGUGGGGCGAGCUGAAGCGUAAGGAAGUCGAUUACGAAAAACGUCGUAAUAAGCGGAUCCAGUAUUACGAGAGCGUGCGCCAUGCCGAACAGGUCCAGGUGGACGAUAUCCCACUGCCUUCGGCCAACGAAACUCCAACGCCGCUGUCUAUACCGAGAAUACCCAUUCCGCCAACCAUCCAGGCAGUUGUUCCACCGAUAAAACCGAUGCCACCGCCUGUAUUGAAGAAACCGGUGGAAAAUCCAGUCGAACCACAGGAAAUUGUCGACGAUGAUGACGAUAUUCCCGGUUGCCCGCCGGGUCCUCCGCCUGAUAUAUUCUGCAUGCCAGAGCUUGAUUUUGAUUUGGAGGAAUUCCGAAGCGAGACUCAAAAGAGCGUUAAAUUCUUCGAUGAUGCCGAUUCGCGUGACAAUUCCGAGGAUUCGGAUGAAGAAAAACCUAAACAGCCCAGCUCUGUCCAGCAGAAGAUGUUGGCCAUUUCUGGCCAGAACUUGGAUGAAUUCAUGAAAGAAAUGGAAACGGUUCAGAAGAAAAAAGACGUGCCAGAAAUCGCAAAUAUUCCGAUGCCGUCUAAGCCGACAGUUAUCUUGCCAAAUCCGGCACCUCAUCCUUCGGAUACAACCGUUAAAUUUGUGCCAAUGCCCACGCUACCCAUGCCUGGACCGGCACCCAUUCAACCCGCCCUUAUGAUAAGACCACCUCCUCUGCGCCCUGGAAUUCCCGGAAUGCCAGGCUUGCGAAUGCCUCCUAGACCUCCUCCAGGAAUUCCCCCACGAUUGGGCGGCAUUCGAAUGCCUCCGGGACCCCCAGCCGGUCCACCUCCCAAACAUAUUCAGCAGCAGCACAUGAGAAAUAUGAUGCAACAACAGCAGAAAGAUCCCAAAAGUGCAACCAUUUCGGCCAAACCGCAAAUCCGAAAUCUCAGCGCCGAUGUCACCCGCUUUGUGCCGAGUGCUCUCAGAUCCAAGAAAGACGAUAACACAAAACGAUCGCAACAGGGACACUCGGGACAGCACCAUCAACAGCAUCAGCAACAGUACCAGCAGCAUCCUCACCAUCAUCAACAACUUCAGCAGCAUCAUCAUCAUCACUAUGCACCUCAACACCACCACCAGCAGGCUCAGCAUGGUCACCUCCACUCGCAGCAAACUGGAAGGCACGGGGGAGCAGCAGGAGCCGGCGGCCAACAAUCGGAACCCAGCAAACCGACCAAAGACGACGCCUACAUGCAGUUUAUGCGGGAAAUGGAAGGAUUACUGUAGGACCCAGAAUGUGCUAGUUCUAUAGUAUACUAUUUCGAAUUCGAUUCUAAGUUGGAACGUCAAAAUAGAAUGCUUUCCAAAGUU